AUGGCGGGCACACAGCUGAUCACCAGCGUGCUGCUGCUGCUUGCCACAGCAAUCGGGGCGCGCUCCGCCCUGCUGGUGCGACCGGAGCAGGACUGCAUCAACCCCUCAGUCAGCAAAGUGAACGACUUCAACUUCUUUCCCAACGAGUAUCGCUCGGUCAUCUCGGCGCCCGCCCCAGUGGCCCCUGGCGCGACGAUCGUGGACGCCACCGACUUUGACAUCAAGUACUAUGACACGUACAAGGUUGUGAAUGUCAAGCGCUUCGGCAAGUCGUAUGUGCUGUACCAGUGCGGCACGCCCGACCCCUCCACGCUGCCGGCCGGCGCGGUGGAGGGCGUGACGCCCGGCAUGCGGUCGUUUGAGAUACCCCUCUUCUCGGUGGCGGUCACAGACACGACGGUCAACGGCUUCCUGUCUGAGCUGAACCUCAUCGACCGCGUGGCCCUGGCCAGCCCCUACUCCGUGGGCGACUGCUUCCAGCGCCUGGUGGACACCAAGAGCCAGGACGGCUGCAAGCUGGUGACGCCUGACCCCUACUUCAAUGCGAGCGACCCCAACGGAGAGUCUGGCUUCAAGGACGCCAACACCACCAUGUACGACGGCGCGGACGCCGUGUUUGUGGGCUUCAGCGGGGACGCGGCCAAGGACGUCCUCUUCACGUGA